GACCCAGGGAAGAUGGUAAUAUCAUCAAUUGUACAGUUUGUCCAGUCUCAGCUACUAUCAGUAGUGAUCAUUGGUACUGGUUUGAAUCAAGACCUGUUGAGAGUAACAUUGGAACACAAAUGAAACAAGAUAAUGAUCAGCCAUCAGAUGAAAACCUCCUGUUAGACAAGAAACCUCUAAAGAGUGACCUCCUUAGGUUAUUCAAAAGUUCUGCUGCCCAUUAUAUGAUCAUUGGGACUGCACUUGAUCUUGAAGUGGAUGACCUGUUACCAUAUCCAGCAGCUACUACAAGCAAUCUCAUUCAAGUAUUCAAGAGAUGGAUAGACUCCAAUAAAAGAGUGACCUGGAGGAAAGUACUUCAAGUUUGUGACGAUUUCCCAGAGGAACUUGGAAGAGCAAAAGCCGACGUAGAAGAAUUUCUAUCAUCAGACAGAGCCCGUGAAAAUUAUCAAGAAUGAAUUAUACAUGCAUGUACUGUACAUACACUUCCUAACAUUUCAUUAUGCAUUGCAUUUGCCUGUGUGCUUAUAAUACAUAUGUACAUUGAAUUACUAUAAGUUAUUUUUUUGUAUCCUUCUUAUUUUACAAUA